CGUCUUGCCAGAUUUCACCCUCGUCUCUCUACGCUUUCCUGCAAUUAUCACCUCACUUAUUACUUAUCACAGUUUCUCGAUAAGGAACGAGCAAAUGACCGACCUAACCCCCUCCAUCCACAAACUCCUACAGGAGAAACAACCCGUCAGCACGCCUGCGCCUCCGACAGAGAAAACCGUCAACGAGUUUCUCAAAGAGGCAUAUCGAAUUAACUCCCACAUCCAAUCUCUCCUCCACUACCUCCAAUCCAUCCGCCAAUCCUACCUCUCGACCAGCAGCAGCAGCCACAAACACCAACCCCCGUUAACAAACAAACCAAAACCCCUCACCGACGCAGACCGCGACUCAAUCGACUCCUCCACCGCGCUCCUCCUCCGCGACCUCUCGUCGAGCAUCACAAACCUCCAAUCCGCCGAAUCGCUCCGCCAAGAAACAGAGAGCAGGCUUCUAAGGAAAAAGUACGGACAGCCGGGGGGCGCGCUCUGGCGAUGGGCCGGCGGCGGCGGGGACGACGGCGACAACAAUGCCGGUAAAUCAGACGCGCAAAUCGCUGCAGAAGAUACGGCAAGGUCUAUACGUACGGUGCGCGAAAGCAUACUAUGGUUUUUACGUCGCGAGCUCGAGGAGGCGGCUGAGGUGCAGAGGGGCAUGGUGGAGAAGCGGAUUGAGCGGGUGCGCGAGAAGGAGAAGAGUGUGUUGUAUAAAGUACGGCAGCAGCAGCAGCAGCAGCAACAACAGAAACAAAUCCAUCCCCAACAACGAGAAUAUGGUGCAGACCAACAGCCUAGCUUGCGACCAGACUCGCGCGCAGAUCCAGCUCUGUCCGCGGAAGAAGCUGCGGCCAUUGAGACACAGCUGACGCCGGAACAGCUCCAGCUCUUUGCAGAGGAGAAUGAUAGCAUGUUGAAACACUAUGAGGAUACGUUAAGCAAAGUCCAGAACGCGGAGAAAUCGCUACUCGAAAUCUCCUCUCUCCAGCAAACGCUCGUCGGCCAUCUGUCCACGCAGGAAGAAUUUAUCGGCCAACUAGUCACGGACGCAUCGAGCACGUCAGAGAAUGUCGGGCAGGGUAAUAAGCAGCUGAAAAAGGCGACGGAGAGACGAAGUCCGGCGCAGAUGGUGUUUUGGGGGACGGUGGGGUUGUGUACGUGGUUGAUUGUUUGGGAUGCUGUUUUCUAGCUCUACAAUAUUUAUGAAUGGAUGAAUAUAUAUAUAUGGGUAGAAUAUGCGAUGGUCAUUUGUAUGAGGGUUCAAUCAGAAUUGACAUAUAGUCAGAAGGGUAGUAAGACACGGUGGGAAUAGC